AUGUCUUCUCUGAGCAACACGCCUAACCACGUUUCCACGAAGGGUAAACAAACAAACGAUAUAGAUUAUUUUUCGGAAUACUUAAAGUUUUCAACUCAGACAAAGCAGAACCCAGCAUCAAUGCCCUUGGCACCGGUGAAUGAAAACCACAAACAGUCUGCCAAGGACCACCAAAAAUGUGCCAAUUCGAUAUCCUCGCUUACCUCAGACUCCACGCUCGUCGACUCCGCCAACGAUGCGGUGCACCCUUCUGAUGGGCGAAACCUUUCCAUCGCCAGCACAGAGACCUUAUUUGAGCCCUCCCAGCUGAUGUCGCUCAAAAUAAACGAGGAAGAGGAAGAAGGGGAGGAAGAUAAGCACAAGUCACAGUCACAGCAGCCAACUCCGGUGAAGGCCAAAUGCCACCGUUCAACAAAAAGCGAGGCUUUCCACAUGACCAGGUUUUCCCCUGGUCAGCAAAAAUUCAACUCAAAAGAAACCUCAGCAAACACAACAGAUAUAGUCGACGGACGCACAUCUACAAGUGCUAAUGGUUCUACAUAUACACUGCCGCCAGCACUCACGCUAAAAAAAUUUCUUUCCAACACAGAGCCGGGCUCCCCGAGACCAAGCAGGUUCAAAGACGUCAAAUAUCCGCUACCAAAAGGAUGCUCCUUGAUUUCUGCUGAGGAGUCCUUUCGACACAUUGAGAAUUGGCGAGGCGUCGUGAGCGAAGAUGGAUUACCUAAUCUACUGGUUGUUGACGUCAGACCUUUCCAAGAUUAUUGCAAAUCGCACAUCAUCGGCGCUGUCAACCUGUGCCUGCCUUCAACACUGCUAAAAAGAGCUACCUUCACUUUGGACAGAUGCAUAGCGACCCUCACAUCGGAUGAAAAAGCACUGUUCACCAACUACUUGAAAAGGGACCGGGAUAAUUUACCGGUUUUAAUUUUUUACGAUAAUUCCACGGAUUCGACCCAAUCCGCCUCGCUUUCAGUGAGCAAUUUAGCAGCCAAAUUUGCCUCAUCUGCCACAUGGAGUGCACCCAUAUAUGUCUUGAAAGGAGGGUUUUCCAGGUUUCAGGAACAGUAUCCUUCUCAUGUCGAGUCUGGCACGUCUACUUCCAAGCCUAAAGUCAUGAUGAUACCUAGUCCAGAAAAAGCUUCCCCACCACCUAGAGUCACCGUUACGCUUCCAUCCCCCUCAUCCUCCAACUCCUCCAAUGCGGCGUCCGCAAAAAAACAACGCUUCUUCAAUGACAAAUCUCCUAUGUCGCACGGCCUUGCUCACUUUAUGCUCCCUGAUACCGCUGGCAAGCCAUUUUUCAAAUCUAGACAACAUGAGGAGUUUCUGACCGCCAGACCCGACAUGUCCAUGCAUCUUUCGACCAGCAUUACGUCUCCCGACAUGAAGAUUCUUCCAACUUGGCUCAGUAACGUCAUUGGUUCGGACUCAGGCGCCUCGGUCCUGUCACAUAAAUUCAAUGAAUUGCAGUCUCAGGAAGUCGAACGCCUCAACCAGGCUCUUUCCAGGCACUCUAGUGUGACGACGCCAAGCCCUGAGACUCCGUGCUUCUCUGCUGGGGUGGAACUUGGCAGAAAAAACCGUUACAAGGAUAUCUUUCCUUACGAGCACGCCAGAGUCAAGAUUCAAAAAUAUGACGCUGACGACGAGGAGUUGGACCAAGACGAGUCUUACAUCAAUGCUUCCUACUUGAGCUACCCUGGUUCGCAGCUGCGCUACAUUGCAGCUCAGGGACCUUUGGAAGAAACUAUAGGAGACUUUUGGAAAGUCAUUUUUGACCAUAAAGUGCCACUUAUCCUGUCCCUAACUGCCCAAAAAGAGAAUGAAGUUGAAAAGUGCGCCCCAUACUGGCUCCCAGGCACAUACUCUUCGAACGGAAUAUUCAUUAAGGUUGACCAACUGGAGGAGAUCACCGAUUUCAAACUCACAGAUAAUUCACAGUGCGAGACUGUAGCCAGAAGACUGCGGCUGAAAAUUGGUAACAAGCCAGAACACGAGGUAAUCCAAAUCCAAAUUCUCUCGUGGCCAGACUAUGGAGCGUUGAUUAGCUCCUCUGACCUAAUAUCGCUGGUGGCUUUCAAGAGAUACGUUCUCUCUCGCACACAGACGGAAGCAGCCCCAGUCAUGGUCCACUGCUCUGCAGGGUGUGGCCGGACGGGUUGUUUCUGCACAAUCGACGCGGUGAUCGACGUCAUGGUGAACAACCCUGAAAAAGGCAACGAGGAUACCGAUGUGGUGUACGAAGUCAUAUCGAAUUUCAGAUCUCAAAGAGUGUCGAUGGUGCAAAACCUGAGACAGUACAUUUUGAUCUACGACACCAUACUGAUGUUCAAAAAAUUGCAGUAUGGCGCAGCCAUUGGCGGGGAUGGGUUUAUCUACAAUUGGAGCGCCCACAAGUAUGAUAUUCUUGACCGUUUCUUCGCCGACAAAGAUGGUGAGCGCCAGCAUCAUAAAUAG